UCCACGGCCAAUGACUAAAGCUCUACCAUAGAGAACGCACGCCAGCUGACAGCCGCGCCGGCCGGGCGAAUUUCAAAUUCAGAAUAUUGUGUUUUUUUUAAUACGGCCAGUGUUUUUUUUUUUUUUUUGAGGUUAUACCAAGUGUCUGUGACUUUUAACUAUGGAGGAGAAGAAGAAGGACAUAAACUUGGACUCAGUGCUGGAGAGCCUGGGUCCGUACAGCCGAUACAACCUGCUCAACUUCAUGCUGCUGCUGUUCCCGGUGCUGCUGAGCAGCUUCUUCGAGUGCGGCUUCAUAUUUGAGGCGCAGGCGCAGAAUUACAGGUGCAAGGUCCCCGCUUGCGAAGACUACAACGACACCUCCUGGCUCCAGUACGCCAUCCCCAUAAACCCGAAGACAGAAAAGUUGGAGACGACGCUUCGGUACGUGGCGAUUAGCGGAACAGUCUGCGGUCCUGCCGCGUUCAGCAACGUGACAGAGAGAUGCGACAGCUUCGUGUAUGAAGAGGGACGGUCGCUGGUUAAGGAGUUCGACCUUGGAGGACAGGAGUGGAAGCGAGUGCUGGUGGGCACUGUACACAACUCGGGGAUGUUCGCCUCCAUGCUGGUGACUGGAGCCGUAUCAGAUCGUUUUGGACGACGGGUUGCAGUUGGUAUAGCAGCGAUGUCAAGUUUCAUCUUCGGCGUCAUAAGAGCAUUCUCGCCAAACUUUCUGACAUACAUGUCGAUGCAUUUCUUUGAAGCAGCUCUUGGUGGGGGAUUGUAUCCAUCCGCGUAUGUUUUUGCUGUGGAACUUGUUGGAUUAAAGCAACGAGUGAUCGUCUCAGCAGCUUGCAACAUGACUUUUGUAAUUGGCGUUGUCAUCCUAGCCCUGCUUGCCUGGCUCAUCGAUAACUGGAGAACCUACAUCCUUGUGAUGUACACACCUGCCCUGAUCGUGGCAUUAUACGUCUGGUUCAUGAACGAGAGCGCGAGAUGGCUGAUCAGUAAAGGAAGGAUGUCAGAAGCCAUCAAAACCUUACAAGCAGCUGCAAAAAUCAAUAAUAUGGAUCCCAGACAGUUGGAGUUAUAUUCCUUGAGCAAUCCACUGUUAACCUCGGAUAACCAGACUGUGGAUAAAAGCUCGCAGUUCUCCAAAGCCCUUCGCUCCAGUAUCAUCUGGAAGAGAUUGUUUGUAUGCUCAUUCUUGUGGUUAACGUGUUCUUUGGUCUAUUACGGGUUGUCCAUUAACUCAGUGUCCUUGAGUUCUAACAAGUACAUUAGUUUUAUGAUUGUAGUGCUUGUAGAGAUACCCGCAUAUAUUGUAGUUGUGAUUGUUUUAGACAAAUAUGGAAGAAAACGAGUGAUACUAGUGAAUUAUGUAAUUUGUGCCGCGACGAGCAUACUCUUCGCAUUCCUGCCAAGAUCUGACUACUGGUCCAUCCCCCUCUACCUGGUGGGUAAGUGGUGUGUGACGUUGACGUACUCGUCGGUCUACAUCUACGUGUCGGAAGUCUUCCCCACCAGCAUGAGACAGACGCUCAUCAGCUUCUGUUCUACCGCUGGAAGGAUAGGGUCAUUGAUAGCACCUUUGACUCCAUUGCUGACGGAAUAUCACAAAUCAAUGCCAACUGUGCUAUUUGGUGGCAUGUGCCUCAUAUCAAGCCUCCUAGUUAUAUUGUUGCCAGAAACGAGAAACAUUACAUUGCCAGACACGAUAGAAGAAGCAGAAGAACUCUCCAGAAAGAAGUCCAAAGCUAUAGACAGAUAAUACCAAUA